AUGAUCCGCACCACGAAUUGCCCCUCUGGCAUGGAUUCGUGGAUAUUUCUCUUCGUGAAGAUACUCGCCGUGUGUACAGUAGCGUCUGGACUCGUCCAUGGAAGAGCAUCCCCAGACAAUGUGCAGCCAUCCGUUGACGGUGUCACCUAUCAGCUGGGCAAUGUCACAUAUUUCGCCAACUUCCGACAUCCCAAGGCGUCGUUCCCAAUCAAUGUCACCCGCACAGGAUCUCAAUUUGUGCCAGUAACGGUCAUCGAGACAAAUCAGAGCGUCGUCACUGGGGAGUACUUGAAGUCAACCGUGUCUCGAUACUCCUCCGAAGACGACGUCUUCUCGCCCGAUUUUUUGCACGCUCUGUACAUCACAUCGUCUAUUCCGAACUCACGACUAGACCAGACUGCACAGCAAUAUCUCCAGGAUAUAGGUGCAGGCCGUGUCUAUCUCAAUGCAUCUGCAUUCAGGCAGAUCCCGCCACAUGCUCAAGCAUUGAGAAGCACGCGUGGCACAUCGCUACCACCCGGGCCAUACACUGCCCUGCUCAACACAAAUUCCAUCAGCUUCCUCAACACCUACCGGCUGUACAACGACGAGUAUCGCACUUUCAUCACCGGUGUAUAUCACUCGAACGAUGGGGACGAGACCUUCGCUGCGUUACCGGCUAUGGACCCCCGGCUAUGGGGUCCUCUGAUCCCAGUCCCCAGUCGCAUCCACUCCUGGGCCGAUCCUCGACCACUCGCAGGCAAACGAGUCGCCGUCAAAGAUCUGUUUGACAUGAAAGGCCUACAGACCUCGGCCGGCAGCCACGCCUGGGUUCAGGUGACGCCAAUCGCCAACGCAACUGCCCCGGCCAUCCAACGUCUGGUGGAUCUGGGAGCCGUGCUCGUGGGCAAAUACAAGCUGGCCCAGUUCGCCUCCGGGGCCGAUCCGUGGACCUGGGUGGACGAGCAGGCCCCCUUUAACCCGCGCGGAGAUGGAUAUCUGACCUGCUCGGCCUCAUCUUCGGGGGGAGGCUGUGGGGUUGCCGCGUAUGACUGGCUCGACGCCGCGAUUGGAACGGAUACAGGGUCUUCCAUCCGUCGGCCGGCUGCGGUGUCGGGGACAUUUGGCAAUCGUCCAAGUCAGGGGAUGAUGUCGGUUGAAGGGGCCGUUCCUCUGAAUGCAGCACAAGACACCGUCGGGCUUUUUGCUCGAGAUCCAGUCGAAUGGGCUGACUUUGCCAAGGCAUGGUACACCCCUCGACUGCAUGAGGAUCCUUCAGUCAAUUCGUUGCCCCCUCUAUCGGUGCCGGAUUCGGUAGCGUUCCCGAAGAAGAUCCUGUAUCCGGUUGAGUAUCUCCCUCUGGUCAGCCCAGCGGCACAGGCAAUCCUCGACGAUUUUCUGUCUGGGAUGACCCGCGUGCUAGGCAUCACGAUCGAGCAUACCAACUUUACUGCGACGGUCAACAACGCUUCCAUCUACCCCGAAGUGGACGAGAACUGGUAUCCCGUGGCCAACUGGGACAUCAUCUACAAUGCCUCACAGACACUGAAUGCAUGGACGCAGUACACCAAAGUCUAUGGCCCGUUUCUCCGGACCUGGGCCGAACGGAAUGAUGGUCGAUUUCCGCCUGUGGAUCCCCAGUGGCGCGCAUCGUGGACUCAGUUCGACAUCAGUUAUAUCAACCAGACCGUCUACAACCAAGCACUAGCGAGGAAAGCUGCAGCGGUCAACUGGUUCCAGAAGGAGGUCCUCUACGAAACCCCGGACUCAUGCUGCGAGUCGCUGAUGAUCUGCGAUGGGGGCACAGGCGGGCUGCCCAGUUACCGUGAGCAGGAUCUGAACAAGAGUCCCAAUGCCAGUUUUCUCGGAGUGUUUCCAAAGAAUGCAGAUGUGUCUUGCUCCAACAUUUGUCCGUUAUUUGGAUGCGUGGAUUUCACCAUUCCUCUAGGCCAGGUGGAGUAUCAAUCGCCAAUCACUAGGGUGAGAGAGCAGUGGCCAGUGACGAUUAACAUCAUCGCUCGUCGUGGAUGCGACUUUAUGCUUUUCAACCUGGUCAAGAAGCUGGCUGAGGAGGGAGUACUUCGGACCGUCAAGACAGGUAGAACACCUUUCUAG